AUUACCACAAUGUUUCUUAAAAUAAAUAAUAUUAACUUCUUUGUUAUUGUUUUCUUGAGUCAUACUUUAAUGGUGGAAUUACGAAUUUUACCCAUUUACAAUAAUAGAGCUUUUAACCAGUGCGAAAAUAAAAACGCUGCUAAAACCCACAUUGGCUGUUAUUUAGAUGAAAAUACAUUUAACAAUUCCACCUUAGAUUUGUUACUUAAUUAUUUUUAUAGCUCAAAAUUUAAUCAAGUUUUAAGUAAAUAUUUAUAUUAUCAUGAAAAUGAUUUUCAAUCUGAGAACACAUUAAACAAGUUACCACGUUCGGUGAAUAAUAAGGAUUUUGUCAACAAUAUGUCCAGUAUGUUUAGUGGAGAAUUUUCUCAAGAUUUUAAAGAAAUGUCAAAAAAUCUUUUAGAUAUGAAUAAAGAAUUAGCUAUGAUGACUAGAAAUUUAACUAUAAUGAGUGAGGAUUUAGCGACAAUACAUGUUAAUUAA